AUGAAGAAAGGGUUCUCGAUCAUCAUCAAAUUGAGCAUUGCGCUUCUUCUAAUUGCGCAAACAUUCUCUGUUGUUGUACUGGCUAAUGCAGUACCGUUACCAAUAAGAAAAACGACUAGAUUACCGAAUAUUGUACCUCGCAAAAUUAAUAAACCAACAUCGGCUCCACAAGAUUUGUUGUCCACAACUUACUAUCUAAGAACAUGCCCAAAUUUUGAAGGGAUCAUCCAGCAAAAAGUAAGGGAUUGGAUCAACAAGGACUACACUUUGGCCGCCAGCAUCAUCCGCUUGCAUUUCCAUGACUGUGCUGUCAGGAAAUUAGGCCUAAACGUCGUCGAUUUGGUCGCACUUUCCGGGGCCCACACCAUCGGUCGGUGCACGUGCGAUUCGAUCCGACAGAGGAUCAAUGGACCUACUACUAUUACUAAUGUUGGAUUAGAUGUUGGAUUGUGGAAUUAUUUGAAGAAACAAUGUCGAAAUGUUGGAGUUAAUAAUUUUGUUAAUCUUGAUGCGACGACCCCGAGAACGUUUGAUGAAGUUUAUUACAAGAACAUCGAGUUGAAAAAAGGAUUGCUUUUGACGGAUCAGUUGCUGAAUUUCGAUGAAAGAACUGCGCCACUUGUGGCUGUUUUGGCAUCUCAACCGCAGAUUUUCUUUAGUCAGUUUGCUGCAUCCAUGGUGAACCUUGGAAAUGUUCAAGUCAUUACCGGGAAUGAUAAAAAUGGAGAAAUAAGGCUCAAUUGCAAUUUUGUUAAUAAAUAA